AUGAUGCUCCCCACUAGAGUGAUACCACGUCUACAUUUCAAACGUUUUGCAUUCCCAAUUGGAAGAUGUUCUUCAACACAAUCCUCCCAACUCCGACCGAAAAUUGCCCCCAAAAAGAGGAUUGGUGCACAAAAGUUACGAAGAACUGAUCCUGCCUUCCAAAAUGAAUCGACAAGUUACAUCCUUUCGCUUUUGGACAAGAAUAAGGAAACCCAAACUUCGAAAACAUUGGAGAGUUAUCUCUCGAUCGUGACUUCGGUAACAGUUGGAGAUGCAAUCAAUUUCGAUAAGGUUGUUGAAGCAGUUGGUUCCGGAUACAAAUACGAGGUGGUGGUGCCCGACGAAGUGAUUAAUAUUGAGGUUGCAUCACGCAACCUAAUGGUUCUAUCCAAUGGAACGUUGGUGGGCUGGAAUUUUACUGAGGAUGAAAUUGUAAACAAUAUUUUGCCCAAAGUCGAAGGUGCAGUGGAGACGAAAUUCAACGAUUUUGAGAGUGAAGAGUUGGAUUGGGUCGGUUUAAACAAAUUGCCAAAAGAACCUUUGAACAAUGGUAAUAGUUAUUUGCAUGGGGAAAUUUUAGUGAUUCAAGGAGACAAUCCUGGUAAAAGGCUACUAGAUAUGGCGGCAUUUGCAAUUGGGCUAAGUAGAUCUACUAGACUAUCGAUCUUGGAGACCCAGUUGGAUGAGUUUCUCACUUUUACUAGAAAAAACUCGGAAAUUUUAUCCAGUGGGAAACGAAUCACCUCAACAGAACAAGAAUUGUUACGAAUUACCGGAAGAUUAUUUUUAUUGAGAGGGAAAUUGAAUCUCUAUUCGGAGCUUAUUGAAACGCCCGACUUGUAUUGGAGUGAGCCGGUGUUGGAAAAGAUUUACAAUAGUGUUUCUAAAAUACUCGACAUAAACUCGAGAAUCUCAAUCAUGAAUAGGAAAUUGGACUAUGCAACCGAGGAACAACGAGCAUUUCUUAGUGUUUUGAAUGAAAAGAAAUCAACCAGAUUAGAAUGGAUUAUUAUAUUGUUGAUCAUGGUUGAAGUGGUGUUUGAGAUUCAUCAUUUUUAUGAAAAGUAUGAGGAUAAAAAAGAGAGAGAGAUAGAGAGACAGGGUCAAGGUCAAGGUCAAGGUCAAAGGAAGGUGAUAGAUGAUUUAGCAUAG